AAAAUACUGAAGGAAACGUGCCGCAGCGUGUGCGGCAUGAAAAUCCUCAUCACUCACGGCACAGACCGGCUGCUGGACACAGCUGCAGCUCUGGCCGGCGCCAACCUGUACAAAGUGAUCGUGAUGACCGGCUCGUUCAAGCCUGAGCGGUUCAAGGGCUCGGACGCAGAGUUCAACGUCGGCCUGGCUUUCGGCGCUUUGCAGGUGCUGCAGCGCCCCGGCGUUUACGUGGCAAUGAACGGGUUCGUCAGCGAAUGGAGCAAGGUUCGGCGGGACUCGGACAACGGCAAAUUUUUCGUCUUCUACUGA